ACUUUUCACAGAUAGAAAGCAAAGACCUUAGCAGAGAAGAAGACGGCAAUGGCCACCUCCAAAUCCAAUGACGCAGAGUUUUCAGUCAAUAAAUUUCACGUUCGUUCGAUCAGUUUACCAUCUCAAACUCAUCCUGCCACUCGUAGAGUAGAAGAUGAGCUGCAGAAACUUAGAACCUGGAUGGAAUCAUCGGCAUCUUCGAUGACAAAAGAGAUGAUUUGCAAUGGAAUGCGACGGCUGGGCGAACUAUACGAUGGCAUGGAGGAUAUUUGUCAUCUCCCAGGCAUUCGUCAAGGUCUGCUCCACUUUGAGCAGAAGAAACGGUUGCAGCAACACGCGGAUGGAUCGAUCAAAUUGUUGGACUUGUUCGGCACCAUCAAGGACGCGGUCAUUUCAAUGAAAGAGAGCGUUCAGGAUCUUCAACUGGCAGUCCGGAGAAGAGGCGAGAAUCCCACGGAAGAUAAAGUAAAGGCUUAUAUUCGUUCGAGAAAGGAAUUGUUGAAGAUGAUCAAAAAGAGUUAUAAAGAGUUGAAGCAAGUGAAUGGCAAAUGCAAACCGGUGCCUGAACAAACUGAGCUCUCAGUGAUCUUGAGGAUGCUGAAUGAAGCGUGCUCGAUCACUGUAUCUCUUCUUUGCUCGAUCAUACACUUGACGUUUUUCCCGGAGGCAAAACCUAGCUGGUGGUCUUUUUCCUCGAAGACCAUGAGAGCUAUUAGUCGGACCUCUUAUGAAAAAACCUGGAACAUGGAUGUCUCACUGUUUACGGGUCUCAAAGAAGCUGGUGCUGAGAAGAUGGUGAUUGUGCAGGAUCAGUUGCAGAGCAUUGAGAAGAGUCUCGGUGAUCUUGAGAAUGGUAUGGAAUGCUUAUUUCGGAGGCUGAUCCAGAAUAGAGUAUCGCUUCUGAACAUUCUCAGCUUAUAGACAAUCAAUCAAUCACCUGGCAGCUGAUCACAUAUUUUAAUG